UUCACUUCCGGGCCGCGGUCUAGGGCGGCUACGUGUGUUGCCAUAGCGACCAUUUUGCUUUAACUGGUUGGUAGGGUCUCUCCUGGGGGUUGAGCGACUGCGGGCCAGCUCUUCCCCUACUCCCUCUCGGCUCCUUGUGGCCCAAAAGGCCUAAGCGGGGUCCGGCGGUCUGGCCUAGAGAUAUUCCCGUUGCCCCUUUGGGGCGGGAUGGCUGCGGAAGAAGAGGACGAGGUGGAGUGGGUGGUGGAGGGCAUCGCGGGGUUCCUGCGAGGCCCAGACUGGUCCAUCCCCAUCUUGGACUUUGUGGAACAGAAAUGCGCAGUUUUUGAUGAUGAAGAAGAAAACAAAUUGACCUAUACAGAGAUUCAUCAGGAAUACAAAGAACUAGUUGAAAAGCUGUUAGAAGGUUACCUCAAAGAAAUUGGAAUUAAUGAAGAUCAAUUUCAAGAAGCAUGCACUUCUCGUCUUGCAAAGACCCAUACCUCACAGGCCAUUUUGCAACCUGUGUUGGCAGCAGAAGAUUUUACUAUCUUUAAAGCAAUGAUGGUCCAGAAAAACAUUGAAAUGCAGCUGCAAGCCAUUCGAAUAAUUCAAGAGAGAAAUGGUAUAUUACCUGACUGCUUAACCGAGGGCUCUGAUGAGGUCAGUGACCUUGAACAGGAAGAGAUGAAAAUCCUGAGGGAAGCUCUUAGAAAAUCAAAAGAGGAAUAUGACCAGGAAGAAGAAAGGAAGAGGAAAAAACAGUUAUCAGAGGCUAAAACAGAAGAGCCCACAGUGCAUUCCAGUGAAGCUGCAAUAAUGAAUAAUUCCCUAGGGGAUGGUGAACAUUUUACGCACCCACCCUCAGAAGUUAAAGUGCCUUUUGCUAAUCAGUCAGUAGAACCUUUGGGAAGAAAAGUGGAAAGGUCUGAAACUUCCUCCCUGCCACAAAAAGGCCUGAAGAUUCCUGGCUUAGAGCAUGCGAGCAUUGAAGGACCAAUAGCAAAUUUAUCAGUACUUGGAACAGAAGAACUUCGGCAACGAGAACACUAUCUCAAGCAGAAGAGAGAUAAGUUGAUGUCCAUGAGAAAGGAUAUGAGGACUAAGCAGAUACAAAAUAUGGAGCAGAAAGGAAAACCCACUGGGGAGGUAGAGGAAAUGACAGAGAAACCAGAAAUGACAGCAGAGGAGAAGCAAACAUUACUAAAGAGGAGACUGCUUGCAGAGAAACUCAAAGAAGAAGUUAUUAAUAAGUAAUCAUUAAGAACAAUUUAACAAAAUGGAAGUUCAAAUUGUCUUAAAAAUAAAUUAUUUAGUCCUUCCAC